UCACUAGGCAGGCAGCCCCAACGAUGGCAGCGAGCAGCACGUCUCCGCCUCCAUUCUUCUGAAGAGAUUUGCGAUGGAGGCUGGCCAAGACUGAGAGGGCCUUAGAGGUGCUUAUCCCGCCCUCCACACACAUUUCUGGGCCCGAGACCUAGCCCUGAAAUUUGAGUGAAGCAGCUCCUGCACCCCUCAUGAGGGAGCCACGCAUAUCAGGGCCUUGCUGUAACGGCAGCCAAGGACAGAGGCCUGCUCUGUGGGAGACUCUGAUCGGCUUGAAUGCAUAGGGAAUAUAGGGCUGUAAUCAUAGUCAGUUACUCGGAUAUACAUCCUAGGAUAAGUGUGGCAGACCAGCAGGAAAAAGUGCCUUUUCUUUGUUCUUUGUGCCUCCAUUUUAACAGUAAAAAACAGGAAGAGGACUGUUGUUUUUUUUCCUUAAGGAGUGGUUCCACCCUGCCCCAAAGCAUGGCUUUACUAGGCCAAAUAUGAAAGGCCAUUACUAAUGACUAUUUUGGAAUCUACAGUAACUUGUAAAUAGAGUUGUAAGUGGCAGGAAGUUACAGAUCACUGGACAAACUCUGGUUUGGACUACGAACCUAUACGGUAUUUGUACAGCCCAUGAAUUCAACCAGAGUGGCAGUAUGUUGUGUUAAGAGGGACUGGGAUUUGCCAGUCACUAUAAGACUGAUCUUUGGAGUCAAAAAGAGCCUGAACAAAGAGGAAUUUGCCAACUUUUUGAAAGAGCACUGGUGUUUAUAUGUUGUACAAUCGUGUUACUUAGCUACUGAGCUGAGCAAGGGGCAACAUGCAAGCGGAUGGGUUCUUAACCAAGUGUGAAAGAAUGUUGAGCCAGGUUAGAUUUUCUACAAUGAGAGUAAAUGUUACAAGAUAAACAGUGUACCAUUGACUUACCAAGAUACCAAUCACUGUAUCACACAACGAAUAACUUGUUGACAGAAGCAUCUGUGGACUUAAGCAGCAGAUCCCACCACCUAUGUGCACUGCAAAGCUGGUGUGUCAGGAAUGAGGCUGACCUUGGGAAACUAGGGCAGACAUCAAAUUGAUGUGCUCUUUUGAAGAAUGGGGUUGAAGAUUAUUUACACAUAAUUGGAACUCUGAACAAGUGAGGGGGGAAUUUAAGAGGGCAGGGUGAAGAACGUGUGAUAGUUCUAUGAGGAAGAAUGUCAGGUCGUCGUAUCACUCCAGCAUGUGAUAGGCGGCAGCUUCCAUGGAGCAUGAGUAACAUGGGCUCACCCACGAAUGAAGCACGGCCAAUGCGGUUACCAUUUCUUGAGGCUGAUCUUCGGCUUCAAUCGAUGUGCGGGGGCUCGAUGCAGCAGCCUGUUCGACGGAGCGGCCCUCGGUCUAGGUUGCUGCUGCCUCCGCCGCCCCCUCCGCUGCCUGCUCCGCUCCCGAUCCCGUUGCCGGCACAGGCACCAAACGACAUUGCUGGGCCCCCAGCAGCCAUUUUGACCGGAGAUCGAGCAAGGCCAAAAGACGGGCUGACUGCCGGAAGAUCACCCAUGUUAACCAUGUACAGACCAAAAGUAAGCCUGAAAGAUAGGCAACAACUUUACAAGCUGAUUAUUAGUCAGUUGCUAUAUGAUGGAUAUAUCAACAUUGCUAAUGGUCUUAUAAAUGAGGUAAAGCCACAGUCUGUUUGUGCACCCUCUGAACAGCUGUUGCAUCUUAUUAAACUGGGAAUGGAAAAUGAUGAUAGUGCUGUUCAGUAUGCCAUUGGGCGCUCUGACACAGUAGCUCCUGGCACAGGAAUUGACUUGGAGUUUGAUGCAGAUGUGCAGACUAUGUCCCCAGAAGCUUCUGAAUAUGAAACAUGUUAUGUCACAUCUCACAAAGGACCCUGUCGUGUAGCUACAUACAGCAGAGAUGGGCAGUUAAUUGCUACAGGUUCUGCUGAUGCUUCGAUCAAAAUUCUUGAUACGGAGAGAAUGUUGGCAAAGAGUGCCAUGCCUAUUGAGGUUAUGAUGAAUGAAACAGCCCAGCAGAACAUGGAGAACCACCCUGUUAUUAGGACUCUUUAUGAUCAUGUGGAUGAAGUGACAUGCUUAGCUUUCCAUCCAACAGAACAAAUCCUUGCUUCUGGUUCAAGGGAUUACACACUUAAAUUAUUUGACUAUUCAAAGCCAUCUGCAAAAAGAGCCUUCAAAUAUAUCCAGGAAGCAGAAAUGCUGCGUUCAAUCUCUUUCCAUCCUUCUGGAGACUUCAUACUUGUCGGAACCCAGCAUCCUACCCUGCGACUAUAUGAUGUCAAUACUUUCCAGUGCUUUGUAUCUUGCAAUCCUCAAGAUCAGCACACUGAUGCCAUAUGCUCAGUUAAUUACAAUGCAAGUGCUAACAUGUAUGUAACGGGCAGCAAAGAUGGAUGCAUCAAAUUGUGGGAUGGCGUUUCAAAUCGUUGUAUUACUACUUUUGAGAAAGCACAUGAUGGGGCUGAAGUCUGUUCUGCCAUUUUCUCCAAGAAUUCCAAGUAUAUUCUAUCAAGUGGAAAGGACUCUGUAGCUAAACUAUGGGAAAUAUCUACAGGAAGAACACUAGUCAAAUAUACAGGAGCUGGUUUGAGUGGACGCCAAGUUCAUAGGACACAGGCGGUCUUCAACCACACAGAAGACUAUGUGCUUCUUCCGGAUGAAAGAACCAUCAGCCUGUGCUGCUGGGAUUCACGAACAGCAGAACGAAGGAACCUUCUUUCCCUAGGGCAUAAUAGCAUAGUUCGCUGUAUUGUCCACUCUCCGACCAAUCCUGGCUUCAUGACGUGCAGUGAUGAUUACAGAGCUCGAUUUUGGUACCGAAGAUCAACCACAGACUAAAGCUAAAUCUGAAUUCUAUUCCCUUUAAAUAUAUAUAUCAGAGUGACUUCAGUGCACAUAACCCUUAAAUUCAAAGGCUUAUGUACAUCCUAUUCCAGGUGGAGAUGAUCUCCAUCACACCUUGUACCAAAUAUUUUCUCUAGACAGCCGUGUUUUGCCAUCUAGAUUUAUUUACAGGGACAGAAGGAGGCCAGGACACCUGCUGGAAUCAGUGUAGGUCAGUAGCCCCAGCCUCCUCCCCUCUCUGAAUGCCCCCUUUCUCCCACUCUGAGGCCCAGUUGCGACCUCUGGGGGCAACCAGUGCUGUUCUUUCAGGACCAUCUGUGAAGGGGUUGGGGCAGUGGCCUGGCCUUCAGAGUCCCUUGAAGCUGGGACUUUGAUGACUCUUGUAGCCUUUAAAGCAAUGUUUUGGGGCCAUAACUGUGUUUUUACUGCAAUUAGUUUUAAGUAAAACCCUCCCUAAGAAGAAGGAUGAUUUUAAAGUUAUGUCCAUAUAUUGAAAACUGGAACUACUUAAAAUGGUUUUUGAUCCCUUCUCUAGCUUCUCGCUCUUACUAGAAAAGUUGGCCUUCUGUUUUUUAAAACUUAAUUUUAUUUGAUAUAUGCUGUUAGUUCUGACUUCUGCUGUGCUUUUGUGUUUUACAAAAUUAUUUAGAUAAUAUAGAUCUAUUACUGUAAAGUUCUCAUUAAAACAAAGUCUUUAAUGCUG